AUGGCCAGUGUGACAGUCACCAUUGAGGGGACAACAGCCGGCUCGGGAAGCUUUCUUUUGAGAAAGAGAGCGAGUGAAGGGCGAGCGAACAAGGUGACUUUCACCACUCCAAGACUGAGUACAAAAGUGGGCAGAGAGCUGAGCAAGUCCCCCUUGGUAGCGAGAGGGGAGGGCGGAGGGCAAGGACUUAACCUAGGAAAAUCAAAAACAAGGCUGAGAGAGGGCUGGAGGAGGCAGUACACCACCACAACCCCCUCAUGCAAGGCUAACCAACAGACAUAUCACAAGACCUGUCUCAAGGGAGUCCAUGUCCCAGCGAGAAAAAGAACCCCCUUCCCCCCAUCCAACGCAGCUGCUCAACCGAGAAAACUGAAAAACCCUUGCGAAGAAAACAGCAGUGUGCGAAUCUGA